AUGCCCUCGUCGUCAGAGAUUAAAUCUCCCAAAGCGAACGGGACGUCAGGAGCUCCCUGCUUGCUGCUGUGCGACGUGCGCAUCGGACGUUCCUCUGAGGGUCUGUACCAAUCGAUGGAUUGGCAGCUUCGAACGGCCAUGGAGGAUCAACAAGUUGCUCAACAAAAACGCCAGAUUUGCAACCGGUACGGGUUCAUCACGAUCAUCGUGUGGUGGUUGACUAGCUGUGAAAUGAGGGGCAGCGUAUACGCGGUGACGUAUGAGGCAGAACAUUUCCGCAAUGGCCCCCAAGCUCUGAAACGCGGCUACAAGCGAAUGAAAACUCGUUCUGUUCAUCCAAGCCUAAAGUACGAGGUAGCCAUCCUCACAAAGUACGAUGUACUGGUCAUGUCAAAGUAG